AUGGUGUCGAGAAGUGAGGCAAUUGUUUGGUCGGCUGUCUUCAUGACAGAGGCUCUGACGAUCGUCGCUGGUAACGUGUUCUCGAUAGUCAAAUUUACUGGAACUGGUAAACUGCAUAGGCGCAGUUCAUAUUUGUUGAUAAAUCUGGCAGCAGCGGACACCCUUGUCGGAGCAUGCGCUGUUCCGAUGUUCGUUUACUUCAUUGGGGGACAGGCGCAAUUGUGGCCAGUAAGCUUAGAAACUCCUCUGACCGCCUACAAAGCGGUGGAUGUCAUUUCAGGCCUUGCUUCGAUUUUGUCUCUUACGCUGAUAUCUUUGGAAAGGCUUUGGGCAACGUUGUGGCCGUUACGUCACAGAUUGAUGCGAACACGAGAAUACGUGGUGGGAAUUAUGUUCGUGUGGUUUCUUGCUUUUGCCAUCAUAGCCAUUGAAUUACUUACUCGCCACAUCCCUUUAAGAUUUAUCUUUUAUAGUUCUGUUGUUAUCCUCUCUAUUUGUUGUGUGAUAGUUUUCGUUACAAACUUAGUGAUCUGGAUUCAGGUUGGAAAUCGGAAGAUAUCAUCUCACUUUCGUAACGCAACUUUACAAGAGCGAAGACUGACUAUUACUUUACUUAUUGUCACGCUUAUAUCUCUGUGUGCUUGGCUCCCAUUUACGAUUUUAAAUAUUGUAAAUCAGCUUCAACCUGUUUCGGUGAGCUUGUCGCUAAUUUAUCUCACAAAGCUUUUGCAUUAUGGGAACUCGUGCGCCAAUGUUUUCGUGUAUUCGCUGAGGAUCGCCGAGUUUAAGAGGGCUUUUACGAAGAUGUUGUGUCGCGAUCAGUCUUUUAUCAGCGAGAAAGCUGUACUGCUUCGUGCUCAGGUGGCACGUUUGUCAAAAGAUACCACAGCUCUUGAGAUGGGAAUUUUGAAAUCCAAUCGUUUGAAAUCCAAGGUAAAGAAUUUAAAGAGCAGUCUCAUUGUGUCAUGA